AGAGAGUGUACCGGUGAAGGCACUUGGGCGGAGAAGGAAGCGAAGCAUCGCGCCUGAGAGUUGAUCGCAGUCUGAAGCUUUUGCGUUACAUGUGCGCAACUCACUCCAGUGUCCAGGCUCGUGCAAACUUUCCCCGCUUUUAGAAUGGCAGAGCCGGCGAACAGCGAUGGAGAGGAGAGGAGCGCACCCAUGAGGGGUUUUGCCCGGCAAGGCGCCCUGAGACAGAAGAACGUUCACGAAGUCAAGAACCACAAGUUUAUCGCUCGCUUCUUCAAGCAGCCUACUUUCUGCAGCCACUGCACGGACUUUAUCUGGGGUUUUGGGAAACAAGGAUUUCAAUGUCAAGUCUGCUGCUUUGUGGUGCACAAGCGUUGCCAUGAAUUCGUCACCUUCUCCUGCCCGGGAGCAGAUAAGGGUCCCGCAUCAGAUGACCCGCGCAGUAAGCACAAGUUCAAGGUCCACACAUACUCCAGUCCGACCUUCUGUGACCACUGCGGCUCUCUGCUGUACGGCCUCAUCCACCAGGGCAUGAGAUGUGACCACUGCAUGAUGAACAUCCACAAGCGCUGUGUGGCCAACGUGCCGAGUCUGUGUGGGACUGACCACACCGAGAGGAGGGGCCGCAUCCAAAUCACUGCAGAGAUCAAGAACAAUGUGCUCACCGUCAGCAUUAAAGAGGCAAAGAACCUGGUACCCAUGGACCCCAAUGGCCUCUCUGACCCCUACGUCAAACUAAAACUCAUCCCUGACCCCAAGAGCGAGAGCAAACAGAAGACCAAGACCAUCAAGUGCUGCCUGAAUCCCACAUGGAACGAGACCUUCACAUUUAAUCUGAAGGAGUCUGACAAGGACCGCAGGCUGUCUGUGGAGAUCUGGGACUGGGACUUGACCAGCCGGAACGACUUUAUGGGCUCUCUUUCUUUUGGCAUUUCAGAGCUUCAGAAGCAAGGAGUGGACGGAUGGUUUAAGCUGCUCAGUCAGGAAGAGGGCGAGUAUUUCAAUGUACCUGUCCCACCUGAGGGAGAAGAGGGCAACGAGGAACUCCGACAGAAGUUUGAGAGAGCUAAAAUCGGUCCCAGCAAAACAGAUGGCUCCUCCUCUAACGCCAUCUCCAAAUUCGACAGUAAUGGCAACCGGGACCGCAUGAAACUGUCUGACUUCAAUUUCCUCAUGGUUCUAGGAAAGGGUAGCUUUGGAAAGGUAAUGUUGGCUGAGAGGAAGGGAGCGGAUGAGCUGUUUGCCAUAAAGAUCCUGAAGAAGGACGUGGUGAUCCAGGACGAUGAUGUCGAAUGCACUAUGGUGGAGAAGAGAGUGCUGGCUUUGUCAGGAAAACCCCCGUUCCUAACCCAGCUGCACUCCUGCUUUCAGACAAUGGACCGCCUGUACUUUGUCAUGGAAUACAUCAACGGUGGAGAUCUCAUGUACCAUAUCCAGCAGGUCGGCAAGUUUAAGGAGCCCCAUGCUGUGUUUUAUGCUGCAGAAAUUGCCAUAGGCCUGUUCUUCCUGCAUUCAAAGGGUGUUAUUUACAGAGAUCUGAAGUUGGAUAAUGUCAUGCUGGAUGCAGAGGGUCAUAUCAAAAUCGCUGACUUUGGCAUGUGCAAAGAGAACAUGCUUGAUGGAGUCACCACCAAGACCUUCUGUGGAACCCCUGACUACAUCGCCCCUGAGAUCAUCGCCUACCAGCCGUAUGGAAAGUCAGUGGACUGGUGGGCUUUUGGAGUUUUGCUAUAUGAGAUGCUGGCUGGGCAGCCUCCGUUUGAUGGCGAGGAUGAGGAUGAGCUAUUUCAGUCCAUCAUGGAGCACCAUGUUUCCUAUCCCAAAUCCAUGUCCAAGGAGGCUGUGGCCAUCUGUAAAGGGCUGAUGACCAAACACCCAGGCAAGCGUCUGGGCUGCGGUCCAGAAGGUGAGCGAGACAUCAGGGAACAUGGCUUCUUCCGUUACAUGGACUGGGAGAAGCUGGAGCACAGGGAAGUUCAGCCACCAUUUAAACCAAAAGCCUGUGGCCGGGAUGCAGAGAACUUUGACCGCUUUUUCACCCGCCAUCCACCGGUUCUCACCCCUCCAGACCAGGAGGUCAUCAUGAACCUCGACCAAGACGAAUUCGAGGGCUUUUCCUUCAUAAACCCUGAAUUCCCUGCCAUGGAAGCCCAGAGUUAAGGGCGACCCCCUAAAACUAACCCAACCCUCCAUCAACCCUCCCCUGCCCUCUUCAUCAAACCUCAUGUUUAUGUACCAUACACUGGGGCACGUGUAUGUAUAUAAACAGCCAUGCACCAAAACUAAAUCAUCAAUAUACGUAUGCAUGCUGAGUUUCGAUAUUCGUAGAUUAGCCUAAAGAUCGCUGUGGCUUUCACGACAUCCCAUUGAAUGUAUUCAUGCUGGAGGAACGUUUGAAUCUUUAGACCUUCUCGCACUUUGGCUGUCUUUAUACUAUUUGUUCUCCUACGGCUUUCCUGAAUGUGGUGUGUAUUGCAUAGCUCUCUUCUAGACUACCUUCGGAUUUGUCUUUCUUGGGAUUGUCGGUGUUGAGAUUUAGCCAUUUGCACUAAAGGUGCAUGAAUCACAUAUAUGAGAUGCAAAAUGGCUAGCCUCGCUCUCCUUAUCCAGCCUGCGGCAGUGAUAUUUUUUGCUGAUUUUAUCAUCAAACCAUUUUGCUUGUUUCCAAAAGAAUGCAAACCUGGAAAGGUUUUUGCAUGAUGAUUUUGUUUUGUCCGAUAUGUUAGUUAGUUAGCUCUAUAGUGAACUCGAGGCUUGUUUUAAUCUUUAGUACAGAAUCUAACCGAAUUUUUUCUCUUCAUUUAAAGCAUGAGUAAAUCUGAAUGAAUUAGGGUGCCUGUUUGCGUGUAUGUACAGGCCAAUAGAGCUUAAUGGAUGUGCCUGAUUGUGGUAGUGAUCUGCCUUUCUUUCUUUUUUUUUUUUUGCCUGAUCAUCUCACACCAUCUGCAAACAUUCACCCAUGUAUGGAAAGCAUGACUCCUGUGAUGGUUCCUCUUCCUUGACUUCUGCUUAAAGGUCAGACGGAUUUUAUCGAAAGGUAUUUGACAGGCAUAUUAAAUAUCAACUACCUCCUGCUAGAGACAAUUACCGAUUGAAAUAGGAUGAGAGAACGAGUGCUAAUUUCAGAAUUAAGCUUGCACUGUAGCUAGUAACCUUUAAAAGCCCAUCAGCCGUAUAUUACUGACCUCUAUCUUAGAUAGGAAUAGAAACCACUUUUAAACAUUCUUGGGGGUUUAUGAUGACAAAGAGAUGAGUAGUUACCCAAGGGUAAUAUCUCAAAUUAUACCCUGAAUUUCUUUCAGGAGCUCAUGUAUGAGCAAAUUAGUCUAGUUGGGACGCGUUGAUGUAGCUUUACUUCGCCUGAAUGAUUCCAUCUUGAAGCUUGUCAACAGAGACCGGCCUAGUGUCGGUACGUGAGUUUGUGUGGAACUUAAUAUCGCGCCUCAAAGCUGAACAGGAUAUAAAGACGAUGAAACAUUAGAAUUAAACUAGUAACAUAAAGCAUUUUAAGCGUGUAAACAUUGCUCAUAAGCAACAAUAGGGGUCGGAUGAAGCUAUCUGACUUCGUGUUAAUGGGUCCAACAGGGGGGCUGGUCAGUGCAGAGCCCUAAUUUAGCAUUCUGACGGCUCGGGAUACGACAGCACUGUUCAUGUCAGCACUAACAGCAGCAAAGUCCUUGUGUGGAACAGAUACUGUAUCACUAAAUGGAACUGGAAAGGCCACAAGAGCCACACAUCCACAGAAACGGGUCAGAUCCUCUCAGACAUCACAGUUCCUUGAGCGGUUAUCCGUGCUGACUAGCGGCCAGUGGCUUUUAUUGGAAACCACUGGGGCUUCAUAUCAUAUCUUCAUCAUGGGAUUUCAGAGAAGGGAGAACCUCUUUAAAAUGGCUUCUUGUGCAAGAGGGUUUCCAGAUAUAUACUGCGGGAUUAGAAAACUGAAAGAGAUGAAAAAGGGAAAAAAAAUGUUGUGCAUUUGUCAUUUCUGCCAAAUAGUUAUAUACAACAAGCAGUUCAACAUAGGGCUUUGAUAUUUUUUUAAGUGUCUUAAAAUAAUAUAAGCAAAUAAUAUGUGUCAAAUGUUCUUAAAUGUUAUGAAUUCUAUGUGGUCAGUAUUGUAGAUAACGAAAAAAUUCAAGAAAAAAAGGGGGUUUUGUGUUUGUGCAUAGCAGCUUUGUGCAUGAACUGAUUCAGAGUACUUUUAGCUUAGUGUUUGUGUUCUUGACAUUCCUGUGUGAUUUGCUCAAUACAUCCUCAAUGCUUUUUUAUGUGCCAAAUAUUUUCCACACACACACACACAAAACAUGAACAUACAUUCAAAUAAAAGUGAAACAUCAAUAGCC